UCUUUCUCUUUCCUCUCUCUUCUUUUCCUCCUAUGUGUGUUCGGCAAUGAUCAGCUGAAGCGGCAGCGUGCGUGGAGGGCUCACACGGAGUGGCGUCCUAACUUCCCGAUAUACCUCCACAUAUUCGACUAACAUAUGCUCUUAUAAACCUCGCAGUACGGACGCGGAUUAAUAUAUUCUCUGAGAAUUGUUUAGUGUCUCUAGAAGAAGAAACAAAUACAAAAAAUGCCUGUAGCGACUCUCCUGCCUUUCACGGCGACUCCGAAUAGGAAGUCUGUGAGCCCGACCUCCUUCAGACUGACGGAGAAAUUCAUUCUUCUUCUGGUUUUCAGCGCUUUUAUAACGCUCUGCUUCGGCGCAAUAUUCUUCUUGCCGGACUCCUCCAAGCUGCUCAGCGGAGUUUUCUUCCGCUCCGCACCGGCCGAGAGCGACCCUCGCCCGGGCACUGACGGGGACUUCGCCGGCGCCACUGGCAGGGACGAGAAAAUACUGGCCAAGAUCAGGAAAGAUCACGAAAAGGCACUGCUGGAAGCCAAAGACACGCUGCAGAAACGAGCCGAAGAGAUAAAGCAGGACAUUAAAAGCGAGAAGGAGAAAGUUGCCCGAGACGGCCAGGGCAGAGGUGGCGGGGGAAAGGACGACACUCUGCCGGAGAUCGAGUAUGUGCGGCCGCCUGGAGCAACAGGGCACGACCCGUCAGACCCAGACGCCAAGGAGAAAAGAGCGAAAAUUAAAGAGAUGAUGCAGUUUGCUUGGGACAAUUACAAGCACUAUGCCUGGGGCUCCAAUGAGCUGCGGCCCGUCUCCAAGCAAGGCCACUCCAGUAAUCUGUUUGGCAGUCUCAAAGGAGCCACCAUCGUGGAUGCUCUGGACACUCUCUACAUCAUGGAGAUGUAUGAUGAGUUUGAAGCUGCCACGGAGUGGGUGGAGAAAAAUCUUGACUUUAACAUGAAUGCAGAAAUCUCGGUCUUUGAAGUGAACAUCCGCUUCGUCGGAGGAUUGCUGUCCGCCUAUUAUCUCUCAGGCAAAGAGGUGUUCAGAAGGAAAGCUAUAGAGCUGGGAGAGAAGCUGCUGCCUGCAUUCAAGACACCCACCGGCAUUCCCUGGGCUCUACUCAAUCUGAAGAGUGGUAUAGGCAGGAACUGGCCGUGGGCGUCUGGAGGCAGCAGUAUUUUGGCAGAGUACGGCACGCUGCAUUUGGAGUUCAUGCACCUGAGCAGACUGUCUGGGAAGCCUGUGUUUGCUGAGAAGGUCAUGAACAUCCGAAAGGUGCUGAAUCGCUUGGACAAGCCACAAGGGCUGUACCCCAACUAUCUGAACCCCAAUAGUGGACAGUGGGGACAACAUCAUGUGUCGGUGGGAGGUCUUGGAGACAGUUUCUAUGAGUACCUGCUCAAAGCCUGGCUGAUGUCCGACAAGAGAGAUGAGGAGGGCAAAAAACUGUACUACGAUGCUCUGAAGGCCAUUGAGACAAACCUGAUUCGGAAGUCCAGUGGUGGUCUAACCUACAUCGCAGAGUGGAAGGGAGGUCUUCUGGAACAUAAGAUGGGUCACCUGACUUGCUUCGCGGGAGGAAUGAUUGCGCUGGGGGCCGACGGGGCACCAGACGACAAGACGGGUCACCAGAUGGAGCUGGCAGCCGAAAUUGCCAGAACAUGCCAUGAGUCCUACGCCCGAACCAAUUUGAAGCUUGGUCCUGAGGCAUUCAGGUUCGACGGCGGCGUGGAAGCCAUCGCUACGCGGCAGAAUGAAAAAUACUUCAUCCUGCGGCCUGAGGUCAUAGAGACCUACAUGUACAUGUGGAGGUUCACUCAUGACCCCAAAUACAGGCAGUGGGGCUGGGAAGCCGUACAGGCUCUGGAGCAGCACUGUAGGGUGGAGGGUGGCUACAGCGGAGUCAGAGAUGUUUACGCCAGCAGCCCCAACCAUGAUGACGUCCAGCAGAGCUUCUACUUGGCCGAGACCCUGAAGUAUCUGUACCUGCUGUUUUCGGACGAUGACCACUUGUCAUUUGAGCACUGGGUCUUCAACACUGAGGCUCACCCGCUGCCUGUGAUAAAGCGAGAGAGUGCUGACCGGUCUAACCAGCUGUAGUAGCUCUGACCUUUCCCCCAAAGCCCUGCAGGCCUCCUCAAGCACUGGCCUGUUCUGCGGAUGCCCUCUGGCUGUGGAGGCCUCUUCUCCAGGGCUUUGACCGAUGCUGGACAACCAUCAGCUGGGGCUUCCUGGCCCAUGGCUCAGCGUCCUCUGCGCCAUUAUUAGAGAUAGCAGUCUGCAUGCUGCCCCUUCCCUGACCUUUGACUUCAUCAUUUUGGACCUCUCUCUGAGCCUCUGAGGCCCAAAGGACCUUCUUCUCUCCUCUGUGAGGAGACCAGAUGAUUUCCACUCAACCGUCUAAACUCUCAUACGCACUUCGGGGACAAAAAAAAAAGCCAUACUGCAGUCAACAGCUAUCAUGUUUUGUUUUAAAGUUGUGUGUGUUUGUUGAAACAUUGUAUUCAAGAAAUCCACUCACCUUGCAACUGAUUGCAACUAGUUGAAUCAAUCAGAAAAUUCAUAUUUAGCAGCUUUUGUUGUUUUCCUUUUCUCUGAGUCACAACUGCAAGGUAGUGAUGUGGAGUUAACUAGUGCCUUUUUUAGCUUAUUGACUAAUGGUCCUGGUAUUUAAAGUGAGAUAUUUAACUGGCAAAGAUUCUAUCAGCUUCGACUCAGCCAUCGAUUGUGUGGGGUUUUUUUUUUUGUGUGUUUUUUUUUUUUUUUUUUUAAACACACAUCUCAUUUUCUUGGUCAUUCCUGGUUCGAAACUUUCCUACACUGGAGUUGGAGUUGGGGUUACAAGGAAAGACAAAUUUAUAGCUCAUACUGGAAUACAACUGGUGUGGACAGUAGUAAUUAAUCUGGUACAUCAUAAUAUCCUACUGCGUAAUUCAGUGCUUCCUUUCCCCCCAGCCAGUCAGCUUCUUACGUUCCAGUUACACAGACUAGAUGUGUACAUUUGUUGAUUGUUUACUUAAUCAGGUGUUGGAGAGACUUUUCGUCCUUGAUAUGUAAAAUAUGAAACUUUGUGUUAAUUUAUUACUUGUGACUUAGAAAGGUUUUUCUUUCAGUGCCAGGGUGUUCCUUGGAUAUAGUUGGCACACUGAUGAAGUAACUGUCUUAUCUAAAGAAAUCAAUAUCCAGUGGGAAAAAGUCAGGAAGACAAGACAAGGGCAGUUGUCAAUCAAAUAAUGAAUUAUUAUGUAUGAAUGUACCACCAAAUGUGAAGUGAACAUUACGUUGCCUAGUUGUGUUCAUAUCUUUGGUUGUUUUAAUGUUUCUUUCUUAGUGGAAGCACAAAAAAGCUGGAGAAAGGAACUGGGUGAAUCCUACUGGUAUAGAACAGAGAAAGCACAAGCAAGGAAUCACGAUGCAAAGAUGCAAGGAAAGCAGAGACAAACACCCAGAACUGUAUACUACACUGGAUAAAACAUAUCUGUCCACAUUCAUACAUACCAUUUGAAAAGAGUGCUGGGAACAGCCUUAUGUUGGCCACCCGCAUUUAGGGCCAGUUUUCUUGCACAUAGAUUAAGCUUAAUCUUUAAUAUAAAGACUCAACUAAAUUACAGUGCUAAGGAUGAAUCUUUUUAGUAAGGACGAAGCUUAAUCUGGGUUUGGAAAACUAACCCUUUUUUUUUUUUUGGGACCAGAAGUGAUCUUUUUUUUUGGACAGUUUACUAAACUUGUAGCGUUCCAGCAAAGUCCUCCUCAGUACUUGAUCCCGAAUUCCUCUAGUGCGUAAUCGGUAUGGAGUACCACUGACAAAACAGUGUCAACAAGCUAGCUAAGCUUCUUUUGAGUGAGAAUUCUUAUUUUUAACCAUGUUCUCUGGACCUGUAAUAAGCGUUUAAUUGGAGUUUUGGGCAGGACUUUUCAGCUGUGCUGACUUUCCAUUACAUCCCUGGACUGACGACAGGUUUGAGGUCAGUCAGGUAAUGUUGAUGACUACUUUGAGCUCCAACUUGGAUUGGUUUUGAAAUUAGUUUGUUCCCACUAAUAAGUCUACAUCCCCACUGACAUCAAGCCAAUUUCUCAUGGUUGUCCCCAGACGUUCUCGUUAUGACAACACGCCUGGCCCCAUAAGACCAGCCUAGUUCUAGACUAUAUUUUCCUUGUAAUGGAGAAUCUCUGUUCAGAAUGUUGUGCAAUCCAAGACUUAGCCUAAUUUCUGUCCAGGAAACUUACUCUUAAUGCAUAUAGAUGGAGGUUAGGACCAAACCCCAAAUACCCAAAAAAAUGAUUACACAAGAAAGGUUAGAGAUUAAAUGGGACAGAUCAGCUGGAUCACUGACUCUGUGUGGUCUGUCUGCCUCUGGGCAAGGCUGCUGCAUACUGCCGUCUUAGGCUGGCUUUACAUGGUGAAACGUUGGCAUGACCGUUUCCUUGAAUCCUACGUGAUCAGUUAAGUUGCAUUAUUUAGAGCAAGUUGCAGCUCAUUUGGAAACUCAAAACUCAACUUUGUGGGCAGUGUUUCAUAAAACAGCUAAUCAGUGCACAGAAAACAGCACAGGUUGAACAUCUUUACCUUUUGAUUUAGACAGUAGGUUCAGCUACAGCAAUAAUGUGGCUAAUUUGCUAUUAAGUAGCUAGUUAGCUUACUAAAUAAUGCUAACAUCUGUUUGAAUGGGACUUUUGGCAGCUUUUGUUCUGCUUUGUUAACGUGUUGUAUUGUGAUUUAUGUAGCCAAGUUAUUGAUUUUUUUCCUCUCAACAUAAAAAGAUAUUCAGAUGGACAUCACCGCUGUCAGAACAAAACCUGCGUCUCAAAAAUGGUAACUUUUACAGGAGAAGAAAAAAAACAUGCUUUUA